AUGACAAUGGUAACAGUAUCCAGAAAGCACGUAUCGCGUGUGGUACGCCAGAAAAAACUAAUAGUAGCUGAAGUUAAUACGCCUCAAAAAGUAGUAAUAGUGUUAGUAAUUGUUGUUGGCGUUGCUGUUACUGAUGUCGUUGUUGUUAUUGCCAAUGCUAUUGUUGUUGUUCGUGUUGUAGGAGAAAGAAUUAUGCAAAUCGUCGGACAGUGGAGCUUUAUGACGAGCUAA